UGUGAAAUCUCUGUUAAUAACAUUAAUUUCCGUAUAUAACAUUUCUUUCGAGAAAGAUAUUUGCUUCAUUUCGAAUAGACAAUAUAGUAACUAACUACCGAAAAAAUAUAUGUAUCAACUUAAAUCCAACAACUUAUUAGCGAUUGAUUUGACGCGCGCCUAGGCUGAUGCCGAUUGCAUAUGGCGGUCAGUGUGUAUCAGAAACGGUUAGGGUGUUUUGAUGAUACAUUUUUAUCUAUUCACGCAUGGUGUCGAUAAAUACUUGAGUUUAGUGAAUUCGAAAACGUGAUAAGACUCGUUUACAAUCAGAUAAUGUUGUAGAGGAAGCACAAUAUUUUGCAACAUUCGCAGCGGCAUUUUUCAUAACCUCAACGGUCUGGAGCGUACGGUACUUUUAUGUAAAAAUGCCGCCAACAAAAAAGACUGAUUUAGACAAAUUAGCAUGGUCAUGGGUAGAAAGCGUGGUAUUAGAUCAAAUAGAAAGAAUACACUUGGAAACUGCAUAUAGAAUAGGUUUAAAAACAUGUAAAAAUUGCAAACGUAAUUGCAUAAAUAACCCACAAUGUUUGACUGGACUAGGAGAAGAAAAGUACAUGAAGUCCCAACCUGCAGAAGUAAUGCCUUUGGAAAGUUCUCUGUCCGAGUUACGUGACCCUACCCAAUAUGUUGGUCUAAAAAAUUUAGGUGCAACUUGUUAUGUUAAUAGCUUAAUUCAAAUGUGGUUUCAUAACGAAGACAUGAGGAGGAUAAUAUACAAGUGGAAUAUCACAGAGGAUCCGGAGGAAAGGGAAGCACUGUGUCAAGCUACGAAGAAAGGAACAUCAUUUCAUCCGGUGACAGCAGUAGGACAGUUGCAAUAUAUAUUUGCAAUGAUGCAAUUUGGAAAUCGCCGUCUGCUCGAUCCAAUGAAUCUCGCGAUCGCAUUGUCUUUGGACACUAGAACUCAGCAGGAUGCACAGGAAUUCUCCAAGCUACUUCUCUGCCAUAUCGAAGGGAAACUCCAACAAAACUCAGAACUGAAGCAGAUGCUGCAGAGGCUGACCCAAGGAAAAUACAGCUAUAUCAAUUGUUGCUCUAAAUGCGGAACUGAAUAUCCAACCUCCACAACAUUCUACGAAUUGGAUCUACAACUUGCAGCCACUUUGAAAGAGGCAAUAGAGAAAUACUUAUCUGUGGAACAAUUGACUGGAGCAAAUCAGUAUCACUGCGUUACCUGCAGUGAUAAAAAGGAUGCGCGCCGAUUUAUACGCUUGGAGUCUCUUCCAGAAACAUUAAACAUACAAUUAAUGCGUUUCGUGUUUCAUAGAGAUUCUGGGCAGAAAAGAAAGUUGAAUUCUUUCAUACAAUUUCCGGAAGAUCUCGAUAUGUCAGAGUAUGUGAGAUGUCCACCACAAACUCAUUUGUACAGUCUGGUCGCAGUUUUAAGUCAUAAAGGUCCAUCCGCACAUUCAGGUCAUUAUAUUGCAAAUAUAUGCAAUUUGAACGGCGAGUGGUACCAGUUUAGUGACGAUAAAGUAGAAAAAAUGCAGAAUAAAAGAAUCGAAGAUGGCGUUACUGAAAGUCCAAAAGUAGUAAAACGGGGACGUAUACCGAAAGGAUUUUUGUCUUCUAACACCGCGUACAUGUUAGUUUAUAAGAAAGUUACUCCAGAAAAACGAACAAAUAGUACAAAGAAAAAUAAAUUGAAAAAAUUAGACGGAGAAACUAAUAGUAAUAAUGAUGCAACAUCUACAGAAAAAAUAUUAAUUAAAGAAAAAUCGGAUUCGUUAAAUGAAGACAACCAGAAAUGUGAUAAAAUGUUGGUUGUAUCGGAUAUGAAUAAUUCUGAAAAAAUAUCAAAAUUCGAUGUGAAAGUUGAACAGGAAGUGGAAACUUUGAGAGCAUCUCCAAAACAUAUAAUGGAACAUUCUGAGAAAACGGAUUCGACCUUUGAUGAACAAAAUGGUAAACAUUACGAAUUCGACAAUAAAGAAAAUAAGCUCAACGUGAUUUUGAAGAAACCGAUUGUAAAAAUUGUGAAGUUGGAUUACAAGCGAUUAAAUGGUGCUGCACAUAGAGCUAUGAGUUGUGGAGAACGUGAUUUUUACGAAGAGAUGGAAUUUGAACACUGGGAAGUCAGUCCAACGAUGCGCGACUUAGUAAGACAAGAAAAUGUGAAAUACGAAUUAAGUUUAUUGGCUAUUCAGCAAGAAAAGCAAAAAGAGAUUGAAGAUCAAAAUUUGAAGAGACAACUUGUCAUAGACGUGUACAAUAUUAUUUCGAACGUGGUUUCGUGGGACAAGUAUCAAUGGAUUCCAAGCGAUUGGUUAUCAAAAUGGCUCAAUGGACACUUAUCUAUCGACGGAAUACCACCAAUAGAUAAUUCUAUAUUAAUGUGUUCACAUUAUCGGCUCGAUCCUUCGAAAGUGAAUCGUGCAAAGUGUAUGCCUGUUACAGCUGCGGAUUUGCUAUAUGAUAAAUAUCGCGGAGGACCACGAUUGGAUGAAAAUUCUUUCUGCGAAGUUUGCGUAAAACGUCGGUACAAGCUGCUUCGUUUUAAGAUGUCGCUUGAACGCGAUCACAAGGAAAUUAGUGAACUUGUUCGCAAUUUCAAAGAGCCAUUUGAGAUUAGUUAUAUCGUCGGUGCUGAUUCGCUCAGAUCAUGGCGAAGACUCGCGCUGGAAAAGUUUACGGAUGAUAUGCAGCAGGAAAUUGAGGAUGAAGACUGUCAAGAUCCAAAUGGAUCUCAGGAAGAUAGUAAAAGAGGUAUAAGUAAGGAAAGCGAAGGACUGAAGGAACCAGUAGAAGGUGAAGAGAACGAGGUUAUAAUCUAUUUCAAUGAAGAUUUACUUUGUGAACACGGUUCAUUGAAAACACCAGAUUCGACAAGGAAAGUAGUGCCCCGUGAAGCUUGGAUGAUACUUCGAAAAUAUUUUCCAGAAUCCAAGGAAUAUCCUAUUGGUGCUGCGUCAUGUUCAAUUUGCGAGGAGAAAAUGGAGAACGCUCAGAAGGCGAAAAAGGACGACAAAAUAAAAGCUAAGCAGCAAAAGGACGAAUUAAAUGAUUUGUAUCAUGGAAAAAAUAGGAAUGAAAUAUUAAAGUGCGAAGAUCCAGAAAAAGCAUUUUACAUCGUUGAAAAGGGGUUUCUGGAUAGCUGGCGUUCCUUCAUUCGAUACGCUGAAGUGUUCUCGAAGACACCACCGAUUGGUGUUCGAAACGGCAUUCUCCUCUGCGAACCACACAAGGGGUUUUUAUACUCACCUACAGUCAACAAUGAAUUGUACACCAUCAUAACAGUCGAGGAAUGGGCGAAACUGAUGCAGUUUUACGACGUCGAUUAUCCAAUCAUCAUUAAAAAGGUCAACUCCGAUUUCCAAACAGAACCGGGUUUGUGCGCGUCGUGUAUGCUGGCGAGAGUGGAGCAAGAACGUCUGGAGAGCCUAAAGUACGACAGGGCGACGAUUUAUAUAAAGUGCGUGGAGGAUAACGAGGACACGAAGCCGGAGAACGAUUCGGAGGUGGUUGCGAAGAAACCGAAGAUGGAGAACACGAGGCCGUCGAGGACUAGGCGGAACUUGAAAGGGUCGCACGAACUGAAAGUCUCGUCGGAGAUCACGUUGAAGGAGCUGAAACUUAUGGUGAGUGUGCGUCUUAUUUCUUGCACGAAAUUUGGCGUGAUACGUUUAUUCAUAUUGUCAGGAUUUUAUUUGUUAUUUACGAGGGGAAGGAUUUCCAGUUCUGCGAUCACGAUUUUUUAACUUUUCGUCGUUUCA